AUGCAGCUGAAAGCAUUUGGCAUGUGUGGAGACUUGAGUGGUACAUAGACACUUGUGCUCCGCUUCCAGUGAGAGGGAGAACUUUCAGAUCUACAAAGGCAGAGGCGUCCGCCUUCAGCUGUUUGCAAACGUUAGAAUUUCUCGUGUUUUUUUUCCCUUCCGCCGAGUUUCUUAACAUUCCCUGGACCUUAUUUGACAACUCCUCUGCUGGGGAUAACUUGCAGGAUGUCGGAGCUCUCUGUCAAUGACCACUUAGAGGGGAUUCUGUCUGAUUUUGAAGCUCUGAAACGGUCUUUUGAGAUUGACGAUGUGGAUGACGGAUCAUCAUUAUCUCCAACUUCUCCACUGAACUCUCCUUUUCAUCCUGCUCCAGCAUCUGUUUUGUCAUCCAAGGUCUCUGAAAGCUUUGUCACCAGUACGUCCUCUCCACCCUCUUAUCACAUGAGGAUCGGGAGGAGUUCAAGUUCAAUACCGGGGGCUGGUUCAUCUCAGAAUAGAAAAGUUACUUCAAGCCAAUCCUUUAAUCAAGGGUCCAAGCCACUUCCCAGAGCCAAUGGAAAUACAGCCGUCUCUUUAGCUUACGUCUCCUCCUUCCAAAACAAAACCAAUCCAAAUGGCUUCCCUCAGUCUUCCAGAGCAGAUAUUGAGAUUGACCGGAUGCAUGGUUCGACAUCCAGCCUUGUGUAUCCAUCACCUUCAAAGUCAAACUCUUUGUUGGCCCCACUUCAAAGUUCGCUGAGACGCAAUGAUUCGGGUACUAAAGCGAAUCACGUGUCUUCCCCAGCUUUGAAGAAAUACUCUUCGCAGGGCAAUGUGUUCCCCUCAGUAGUCCAUCCUUCUGUUAUCUCUGCCAACGUUGGCACAGCCAAUCAUGGUUCCAUGCCAGCUCUUGAUCUCCAUAUUGCUGAUGAAGACCUCACCGUGGAGAACAAACCAGCGUUCAAUCCAUUGCUCAAGGCAGAUGCAGCUCCGCACUCCAUGCUAAGAUCUCGACCCUCCCAGUGUGGCCAAGUUCCCAAAACAAGAAUAGGAUUGAAAGAGGAACACAUCACUUUGGCUGACACACUCUCCAGUUUACGAUUGAAUUCUAUAUCAAAUCAGCGAGAACCGAGGUGUGUACCUAAUGAUUCGUUUUCCAUCAGUCUUCGCGACACCAUGAAUACAGCUCUGGGGAGCAUGAUUCCAGCUGAUGACCCUACAGCAAGAUUACAGCCGAGAUCACAAACCAGCCAGACUGUAACAAGUAUCAGCUCAUCCCCGGUUCCCUUGACAAAAUCGAAACAGGGUGUUUCGUUGGUCUCUAUGCGGAGUAACGUGCAACAGUCUGGAGAAUCCACUCCCCCUGCUAUGAAUGCAGAGUCCAGCUCUCAAUCCAUGCAUGAGAUGCUUCCAACCAGGCUGGCGACCCAGCCACAAUUAGCUCCUCCUCAUACCUCUGUGCCAGAGUUCAAAACAAAGCCAAUGCAGGAGUCUAGACCACGUGAGGAUCCAGUGUUAUCUCCUCAGACAAAGGAAAGUCCUCGAUCUGAGACGAAGACACAUCCUUCCUUCUCAAAAUCAACUAAAGUUGGGAUAAACUGUCUCAAUCGUGACUAUCAACCAACAGCGAGUCUCUAUCACGAUGAAAAAGUGGAGAAGGGAAUGUCGGAUCUAAGCUUUGAAACAGAAGUCAACAUGCAGCUCAAGAAGCAAGGACUGGAACUGAAAGACGUGAAAACAAACAUGGCGGAGAGAAUGCAGGAGGCUGGAGUUGUUUGCUCGGGAGACUACAAGAAGGAUGGCACCGGAAGAGACUUGUUUGGAUAUGUGGGGAUUGAAGCAGUUCUCGAUCAGAUGAGGCGUAAAGCCAUGAAAACUGGAUUUGAGUUCAAUGUCAUGGUCGUAGGUGAAAGUGGGCUCGGAAAGUCAACAUUAGUAAACACCUUGUUCAAGUCGAAAGUUAGCCGGAAAUCUUGCACACCCAACUUUAUGGAAAAGAUUCCCAGGACCGUAGAGCUGCAAACUAUCAGUCACGUCAUUGAAGAAAAAGGAGUAAAAAUGAAUCUGACAGUUAUAGACACGCCGGGAUUUGGUGAUCAGAUAAACAACGAGAACUGCUGGGAGCCAAUUGUGAAAUACAUUAAUGAACAGUAUGAGAAGUACCUGAGGGAAGAGAUUAAUAUUAACCGGAAGAAGCGAAUUCCCGAUACUAGAGUACACUGUUGUGUCUAUUUCGUGCCUCCCACUGGACACUGGUUACGUCCAUUGGAUAUAGAGUUCAUGAACCGUCUAGACAAAAUAGUCAAUAUAGUCCCAGUUAUCGCUAAAGCUGAUACACUCACUUUAGAUGAGAGACGAGACUUUAAACAAAGGAUUCGACAAGACCUGAGAAACUAUUCCAUUAAUGUUUAUCCACAGACAGAAUUUGAUGAAGAUCCAGAGGACAAAUUACUAAAUGAUACAGUGCGGGAAAAAAUUCCCUUUGCAGUCGUUGGCACUGACCAGGAACAUCAAGUGAAUGGGAAGAAGAUUUUGGGAAGGAAAACCAAGUGGGGAAUUAUCGAAGUUGAAAACGGUGCACACUGUGAAUUUGCAAAUCUAAGGGAUCUGCUGAUCAGGUCACACCUCCAGGAUCUGAAAGAUGUCACACACAAGAUCCAUUACGAGACCUACAGAGUGCGACGAUUGAACGAAAGCAAUGGGAUCAGCAAGGGGUUGCCGAAAGGGAACAAUCUAGCCGUCAAAGAAGAUGUGGAGAACAAUCUCUGAGAACCCACUCCUGCCGGCUAAGAAUAAACUGUGCUUUCAACAUCUCCUCUGCAUUGUACAGUUUUCGUAUUUCAGAUAGAACUGGAGAGAGAGAGAAAAAACGUAUUUUCUGCUUUAAAGGAAGGCAGUGGGGUUUGAGAGUUUCUAUGUAGGUUGUUUAAUGGGAUGGGGUUGGGGGGGGUGGAAAUAUUGGAUGGAGGGUGGUUAUUGAAAGAGAAUUGUAAUUCCGACAAGAGGUUACAUGUCAUCAUGAUGUUCUCUGUAUUUCAUUCUGUCAAUAGCAAGGGAGAGUUUAAAACAUAAAGCUGGUGUGCCGAGAGAUGGUAUGUCUGUGCCUACAUGGGUGUUGUUCAGCUGCAGUAUUGCACAAUGGAGAAUGCAGCAUCAUGAUCGAGUCUGUUAGGUUAGUGUCUUGUACAGCACUGAAGCUCACAGAGCUAGACAAAGCCUCACCUUGAGCUUUCUGAUUUAUUACUACCUUAAAUAAAAUAGUGCUCUUCUCGUAAACUGCCACCUUUUGAUUCACCUUUCUCCUCGUACUCACUUUUUCUCUUUCUGUCUCUUUCUAACUCAUUCACUCCAUCAGCCACUUCUCUCUGCCUUCCUUUCAUGCUCCCUCUGUGGGCUUCCCCUGGUGUCUUCCCCACCUUUACGUUACCGUUUGAAGACUGGUUUAGGAAUAGAAUUAUACUCUCCAAUCCACAAUGUCCUGAGCUCCUGAAACGCUGCAGCUUUUGAACAGUGUCUUUUCACUGGGAGGGAUUGCGGAGUCACUUGGUCAUCACUGAGUCGCCCAAGCGAUCUCGUAGAGUGGGUGUUGAGGGGGUAAUUGUUACAGACAGCCUGCUGUAACAGCCAGCUUGCUGAAGUCAUUUACAUCUAAGGCCCCCCUCCCUGCUGUGGAAAAGUGGACCGUUUGACCCUAAAGUGAAACACAAAGCAGGAUUCCAUAACCUGUUCCCAAGCGGCUCCUGUGCUUGUAAUAAUGCGAGUGCAUUAGUGAAGGACCCUUAUUUCAGCCAUAUCCACAGUAUCUUACACAUUACAACGUCAGCCUUUUAAAGGGAAACAGCUCCCAGUUUCUGAUUUCCAGCAUGCUUAACGUAAAGGAGAGGGACCUCUGACUGAAAGGUCAACAGAUUAUAGUGAGGACUGAUCUCGACUGAGGCCUGGCAUUCAAGGGUCAUCUCAAACACAGUUGGGGAUGGGCCACAUCCAAUGAAAGAGUGGUUGAGAGCAACGUAUAAGACAUAGGAGGUGACGUAGGCCAUUCAGCCCAUUGAGUCUGCUCCACCGUUCAAUGAGAUCAUCUGAUAAUCCUCAACUCCACUUUCCAGCUUUUCCUUAUAACCUCACUGAUUAAAAAUCUGUUCCAUUCUCUCAUAUGGUCAAUUGUUCAGCCUCUACAACUUCCUGUAGUAAUUAAUUCCACAGACUCACGACCCUCUGAGGGAAGAAAUUCGUCAUCUCUUUCCCUUCUUCUGAGAUGAUGCCCUCUGGUCUUAGAUCUCCCACAAGGUGAAUGAAUGUGUCCACAUCCAAGUCAUACAAGAGACCAUCGAUGGCCCCUCAUACUGUCCAGCCCUUACUGCCGGUCAUAGUUCUUACUUAUCAGCAGGCAGAUAGGCAAACCCCUGGGAGUGUUCAUUCCAGUUCAUUGCGCACAGUGUGUCUUCAUGUGUUCUGAUGAGAUUCCUUACUCUUAAAAGGGUUGGAGAGGUUGAGAGAGACGCAGUUGGAAGCAAUCUGUUUGGAAUGCUUUGUCAAGUUGAUGUUGUGAAUAGUAACCACAUACAGUUCAGUUUUGAGAGGCUUUCCACACUCCAAAAUGGAAAAAAGUUUUUUUAAAAAACUGUAAUUUUUAGCUAAUUAUUUUUCUACACCUGUAUUUCAACAGACGCUUGGUAUGCCUGAGGGCAAUUAACCACAGAGAAAGCCACUUGAAACUGCAAGUGAGUCACACCUCCACCUCUGUGUGGCCUAGCCAACAGGUUGAUAAAGAUGACUUAAUUCAGUCAUUGGUAAAAUGCAAGUAUCACCAAGCUCAAUUAAAGAAAAUUAUUUCAUUACAUUGGAGGAAGAAGCCCCACAUUUUUUUUAAACACACGAUGGUGAGUGAUGUUUUAAAAGAAGAUACUUGUUCAUUCUGAAAUGUUUGAUGUAUAAUUGUCAGACAGGCAGGGCUGAAAUAUUUGUUAGCCAUUGAAUCGAUGAGUUGUGAGGUAUUGCUCCCAUCUCCAUUACAUUCUUGUCUGUAUAUUGUGUACUUGUUGAUGUACAAUGAUGUUUCACUCUACUGGGAACCAUUCUUAUGCACCAGGAGAAAUAUAUGAGGUGUGGGGGAGGGGUAGGGGUGCCAAGAUCCCGGAAAUUCUUUCCUAACGGCACUUUGUCCCGUUACCACGGAGACCAGGGUGAUUCAAGGAGAUGGUUUCCUGAGGCAGUUAAGGAGGGGAAUACCCAGACGUCGCGAAAGAAUUCAGAAAGAGGAACAUAUGAACAAAUCAAACUAUGAAAAUACAUUGAAUUCAGUAAAGAAAGGCCUGAAAGUCAGUUAUUAAUUCGCACAAAAGUGAUCUUCUCUUGACGAAGCAACAUUGUCUCUCGAGAUUUAUCCUUUCUGUUUAAACAAUCUCCAUUUUUUGAUGGGUUUCCCAUCUCCAGAUCGCAGAAUCCCUUCAGUGUAGAAAACAGGCCAUUAAGCCCAUCGAGUCCACACUGCCCCUCCAAAGAGCAGCCAACCACACCCACCCCCACCCCCCUUGCCUUCCUAUUUUUCGGAUGAUGUUUGAUCCAUGCAGCUCUGCCCAAAAUGACAAAACAAUAGACUGAAGCCCAAAUUUGUAAUGCACCCACACAGAAGCAAUUAUGUUUCCUGGGCUAUCCAAAAUCCAAUGGCUUUGGGUGGUUGUGCAGACAUUCAACACAGUUGUGUCAUUGUAGGUUGGGAUACCUUUCCAAAAUAUUCUGUAUGUUAAACAUAAACCUGGGUAUCUGAAUGAUGAGCAAUUUGUGUAGUCAGGAGCUGCUUCUGUUUAACUGUGUGUUGGAAACCUGUAGCUGUAUUCAUGAACACCCUCAAGCUCUGCAUCAUUUGUGAACUGAAGGCAAUACUGGGAAUAGUUAGCUGUUUGGACCUGCAACACUGACAUCUACAGGACCUUUUCCUACAUUGCAGACGGUCUUAUUGAAGUCAGUAAGUUACAGUACAGCAGCAUUAUCCUCACCUCUUCCCACUGAACCCUGCAAACAGCCUUAAAUUGUGAAUUCAAACAGGGAUAAAUGCACCUUAUAAAGUGACAUACAUAGAUGCAAAAAAGAAACACUGCUCUGUCUUUAAUCUCACAUUUAAAUGGAAUUGGAAAUGAAAUGGAAAAACUCUGGAGAUGUCACUGCCUUCAAAUACUGAAAUAUUCUAUUGUCUGUUUGAUGUUUUUAGAUAUUUUAAUUUACCAAGUUAUGCUGCGAGUGGGAGUUUCUUUCUUUAACAAGGCCACCCUACAUUUAGAACCAUUAUGUUCAGUGACUUAAUUGAAAAUUCAUUUGUAUCUUUUUUUAAUGUUUAUUUUAAUUAAAGCUUUUUUAGGUUUUACACAGGGGUUUCUGCCCUGAGUGUCAGCAAAAGUCAUUUGAAAUGUGUCUUCAUUUUUAAGAAUUGUUGGUUCAAACAAACCCAACAGGGUACUUUGCUGUUUAUCAAAUGUAUUACUUUGCCAAUUGCUGUUAAGGUAAUGUUUGUGAUAAAUCUCUGUGGGCACUAUCCAAGGGGGAUGGGCACCCACUUUAACGUCCAGGAUGGGGACAGCGCGGACAGGGAAUAUCUUGUAAAGUCUAGACCUUUACUGCGAUUCAGCAUGUUCCAUACUGUCCGAAAUGAAUACUUGCCACCUUGCCUAGAAUAAAGCUUUGUUUUAACUCUC